GAUACUAACACUGCUUCAAAAAAUGUGAAAAGAGCAUGCUUUAACCAUGAGACCAUAAAGGUUGCAUCCAGGAUUCAGAAGGCAUUGUCAGAUUAUUAUGGCUGACAAGUCAACAAGCCAAACAGUUGUUUGUUUCAAGGGCUUAAAAUUCGACUUCCAGCAAAGCAUUGAUCCUCAUCAUAUUUGCUGGCAAACAUCGGUUACACUAGAUACCGGCUGAAGAAGCUAAGCCAGUUGUUCAUAUUUAGCGCUUAUUUUCAGAGUAUCAAGCCGGAAAAGCAAGAUGAAGUGGUCCGUAGAGAUCAUUCCACGAAACGCAGAAGGAGAGGAGCUGUACUUGAGAAGCCUCAAACCAUUUCGCCUCGCCUCCCUACAGCUUGAGCCAAAAGCGUUUUCCUCGACAUUCGCACGUGAGGCUGCAUUUGGCGAUGCUGAGUGGCUGGCGCGUUUGCACAACCCAGCCGCUACUACUUUUAUAGCCCGGCAUCAUAAUAUCGACCCAGGCGAGGCUGCGCAGUCCAAAGUCUUGUCCUCGUUGACGCUAGUCAGAGUCGUCCAAGGAGAAGAUGAAGUCGAUGACACUGCGCUCUGGAAAGUAAAUGGCGUCUUCACUCUGCCGAACGCUCGACGAAGGGGAAUUGCUGCCACCUUGCUCAAGGAGGCCAUGUGCUGGGCCCGGAAGUCUGCCAAAGCAGAGGGGCGACUGUGUGCUGUGGCCGUUGGCGUGUACCAGACCAACACAGCUGCCGCAGCGCUUUAUCGAACUGUUGGGUUUAGCGAUGUGGGUAUGGCGGACGGUGAAGACAUGGUGCAGCUCGAGUGGAAAGUAGGUCUGGGCCGAGCGCAGGAUAAUGCAUCCGGGCUUUAGGUUCGCUAUGAGUAUUGCAACAAAUGCUGGCUCUGAGACCAUUGUGAUUGUGUCCAAGUUACGUCAGAGUAAUGACCAUACAUGAAUUUAAGGUAUUGGGGCUCAGAUCCAAGGCGUCUUGGGUAUCGACAUUGAC